AUGGUGAGGAAUGUGUAUUUGAGGCCCUUCGGAUAUCGCACUGGCUCCAAUUCCGAACUGAUGAAUGUCCAAAACUGGCAGCAGGAGAGAGGCCUGGAGUCAAACCAGAACCGAGCUAAUUCUCAACACAACAGCAGCAGCUCAACUGAGGGAGAGGAAGAGGCCCAGAAAUUUAACUAUUCCUUCAUAAAUGAGCACCAGUUAUUGAGGACCAGACAGGUGGUGUUUGCACAUCACGCUGGCAAGCACAUUCCCCGUCUCCGUGAACCCCGCAGUCUCUAUGCUAUUGCUACCUGUGGCCCACAGCAAACUCCACGAUGGCCAAUAGAGUGCGAAGUCAUCAAGGAACAAAUCCGCCAUAUUGAAUGGACCCCCCCAGAGCCAGAGGAGCUAUACCAGCCCAGCCGGCAGGAGUACAUGCCCACCUGUGUCGGGGAGAAUGGAAGGAACAUGGUGUUCUGUAUUGAUGGAGCCAGGAAAGGUUCUUACUUCACCUCUUCCCGUGUUGGUGGUUGCCGAGGCCUUGUACAUCUCGCCACAAUUGGUGCGAAUAGCAAAGAUUGCAACGCAUUGAUCUUCGAGUCCAGAUUUGAAAGCGGAAACCUUCAAAAAGUCAUCAGAGUAGGCAAUUAUGAGUAUGAGCUGACUCUACGCACUGACCUCUACACAGACAAACACACCCAGUGGUAUUACUUCCGGGUGCAGAACACCAGGCCGGGGGUCACCUACCGCUUUACCAUAGUUAACCUGAUGAAGUCCAACAGCCUGUAUAAUCAGGGUCUGAAACCAUUGCUGUAUUCUGAGCUGGAGGCCCAGCAAAGACAGGUGGGCUGGUACCGCAUGGGCAAAGACAUUUGUUACUACAAGAACAAUCUCAGCCAGGAGAGCAGGAGCCUGUACUCACUCACCUGGGCCUUCCAGUUCCCUCACAGGAAUGACACCUGCUACUUUUCCCACUCUUAUCCAUACACCUAUUCCGACCUGCAGCGUUACUUAGCAGCCAUCGCCAACGAUCCCAUCCAAUCCCAGUACUGCAAGCUACGGGUGUUGUGUCGCAGUCUGGCUGGCAAUAUAGUUCACGUACUGACCAUCACCUCCCCGUCCAGGAGCCAGGAGACCGGAGCUGCCAAGAAAGCAGUGGUGGUGACGGCCAGAGUCCACCCAGGAGAGACAAAUGGAUCAUGGGUAAUGACAGGGUUCUUGGACCACAUCCUGGGCAGCUCUGAUGAUGCCCAGCUCCUGCGCGACAUGUUCAUCUUUAAAGUGGUGCCCAUGCUGAAUCCAGACGGUGUCAUUACGGGUAAUUACCGCUGCUCGCUAAGCGGCCAGGAUCUGAACCGAAACUACCGGACCGUGCUGAGGGAUUCCUUUCCCUGUGUCUGGCACACCAGGAACAUGGUGCAGAGGUUAAUGGAGGAGCGAGAGGUGCUGAUUUACUGUGACUUCCAUGGACACAGCAGGAAGAACAAUGUGUUCAUGUACGGCUGUCACAAUAAAGAGAUGUCAUCACAGAGAUUCUGUGAGAGGGUCUUCCCACUCAUGAUGAGUAAGAACGCAGCUGACAAGUUCUCUUACCAGAGCUGCAAGUUCAAGGUUCAAAGGGGAAAGGAGGGCACAGGUCGGAUUGUGAUGUGGAAGCUGGGAAUUACUCACAGUUAUACCAUGGAAACGACCUUUGCAGGAUCCACUCUGGGGCACCGCCGGGCUACCCACUUCAGCACAGAAGACCUGAAAUCACUGGGUUAUCAUUUCUGUGACACACUGCUUGAUUUCUGUGAUCCUGACUGCUCAAAGUUUGAGCAGUGUCUGCUGGAAGUACGUACAGCUCUGCAGAAGGAGCUUCAUCUACGAUUAGAAAAGCUGGGCCGUGAGUAUGAUUCAGACGUGACACUGAGCGACCUGUCUAUGUCAGACUUGGAGUCCAGCCAAGAAUGACAACAUGGUCAGGCAGUUGAAGAAGACCAAG